AUGUAUUGGAAAGUAGCUAAGACAUACACAGAGUAUGAAUUUAGAGAGAUAAUGAACUCAUUGUCUCGUAUGCACCCUGAUAUAGCAGCAUACCUGUAUGAGAAUGUAAUAGUGAGGGUAGGCAAAACCCUUUUGAAAGAUGCAGGGAGUGGACUCAGCAAAACACUCUCAGAAAUUUUAGUCUGCCCACUUUCCAAACAACCCCUUAGAGUACGUGAACAAACUGGUUCAAUCAUUAGUGAUUCCAUUGGCGUUUCUUUUCCUAUAAAGGAUGGAAUUCCUUGCUUGGUGCCAAGGGAUGGAAAAAUACUUGAUUUUGAUGAUGACAUGCUAAAAGAUAAUGCUAGUGCUUCAGAUGCUACAAUGAACAAGGAAUGA